UGGGCACUGCUGGAUGGCACUGAUGGGCACUGGUGGGCACAGGUGGGUGGCACUGAUGGGCACAAGAAGUAGAGUAGGAAUCAGGGGUGGACUGACAACUCAUGGGGCCCCUGGGCAAUAGGGGAUCAUGGGGCCCCUGUGUCCUUGCCCAAACUCAAAAAAGCCUAUGAAAAAGGUACCAGGGGCAUCUCAUGGGGCCCCCUACUGACCCCAGACCCUCAGGCAGUGCCCGAGUUUCCAAAUGGUCAGUCCACCCCUGG